AUGUCCGGAAAAGCGCUUCCUCCGACUGAGGAGAUCCUACCACCAGGCACCGUCCGCUUAGUAGAAACGCAGUCGGAGGGCAUCAUUCUCAUGCCCAAGCCCUCGGCUGAUCCAGAUGACCCGCUCAACUGGUCGCGGAGACGCAAAUGGCUAAACGUGGGCUUGGUGCUAUUCUAUGUGUUUUCUACAGGUAUUGGCGGCACCUCCGUCUACUCGGUCCUGACCCCAAUCUCCGAGGACACUGGCAUCACCAUCAGCCAGUUAAAUACUGGCACGGGCUUUCUCUUCCUAAUGGCCGGGUGGACCAAUCUGAUCUGGCAGCCCCUGGCUUUUACAUUUGGCCGUCGGCCAGUGAUUCUAUUGAGCCUGCUAGGUUGUGUUGCCAUCUCGGAAUGGACAGCAUGGAUUGGCAGCUAUUCGCCCUGGGCUGCAGCGCGGUGCUUGUAUGGACUGGCGUGUGCUCCAGUAGAGGUGCUGCCAGAGAUCUGUAUUCCUGACGUGUUUUUUGCGCACGAACGUGGCACAUAUAUUGGAUGGUAUAUGCUGGUUUUAUGCGCAAGUAAUUUUAUCGCCCCGCUGAUUGCUGGCUUCAUGAAUGAUACCUAUGGCUGGCAUUGGGUGCAGCACUGGUCCGCACUCAUUUUGGCCUUGAAUUUCGUCCUGGCCUUCUUUUUCUAUGAAGAGUCAAUGUACACGCGAGACAAUGUCGAAGCCGAAGUCAUCGACGACAUAUCAUCACCACGGCCAGUUGAUCCGCAAUAUCUAGCUGGUACGGGGAAGCGAACGUUUUUGCAAAAGAUGAAGCUGUGGUCGUACAACCAAGUGUCACUAGCCCAGGCCUUCCGCAUGGCGUACCGGCCAAUUCUUAUUUUCUUCCAGUUCCCAAACAUCAUGUGGGCUGGCUUCACAUAUGGAUUUGCACUUGCAUGGUACAACGUCUACAAUGCAACCACAUCAUCCAUUCUCUCUGCAGCCCCAUACAACUUCUCUGCGGCCACUGUCGGCCUGUCAUAUGUCGCACCUCUAAUUGGCACACUCUUUGCCGGUGUUAUAUCUGGUCCGGUUGCUGACUGGUUGACUUUGAAGCUGGCACGGCGCUCCAAGGGUCUCCGCGAACCCGAGCAGCGUCUCUGGGGACUUAUCAUUUAUUGUAUUCUGAUGCCAGCAGGUCUUCUGAUUUGGGGUUUAGGCGCAUACUACCAGUUGAGCUGGGGAGUUCUGUUGUUUGGCAGUAUCCUAUGCGGCUAUUGCAAUGUUACAGGGGGCAGUUAUGCUCUUGCAUAUGCAGUCGACUGUUUUAAAGAAUUAUCAGGCGAGACUAUUGUCUCUGUUAUUCUGUGUCGAAACACACUCAGCUUUGCGUUUAACUAUGCAAUUACCCCCUGGAUUGAUGCACAGGGUUUACUGAAAACUUUUGUGGCUAUUGCCGUGUUAUCUUGUGGCUUUGGACUCAGCUUUUUGCUCAUGGAGUGGAAAGGGAAGACGUUUAGGGCAAACUGUGCCGAGAGGUACUGGAGAUAUGUCAAUACACAGGUUGUGAAACAUGGCUGA